AUGUUCGCAUAUCGGACCGCAUAUCAGGGGGCUUUUUCCCGGCCCGUCAGUCUGGCACAGCGAUGCUUCAACUCACAAUGCUCAUCCAGGACAUCGCAGGUUGUGACUACACACCACGUGUAUUCACAAAUUAACCAGCGUACUGCUAUCAGGAUACUAGGCACUCCUAUUCAACAGUCCUCCCCCUACACAACGACUAGCAAGUCAGAUAAGACAGAUAUCGGUAAGGGUGUAUAA